AUGGACGCUCUCCCUUUCGGAGAGGAAGACUUCAACACCACCCCUAUCGCACCAAAUGACCCUUCCAGCUUCGAAAACCACAACAUCCUCCUUCACUCGCACCUCGAAAAGCGAUACACAACCGUCUCCAUUCCCUCCACAUACGGGCAUCUCAACUCUGGCCCCGCACCUGGCACCGUCGCCGGCAUUGUCCUCGGCACCGUCGGCGGUGUCGUGAUCAUCCUCUAUCUGACCUUCCUCGCCCUGAACCCAGGGGGUAUGGCCCGCGGUAGCUCCCGCUCCGAGAUCGACGAGGAAGUAGUCGUGCGCAGUCGGCGCACGCCGUCGCGGCGUCGUAGCGACAUGAUCGAGGUCGUCGAGGAGCCCGACUACAGGCGUCGCCCCAGCUAUCGCCGGCCAGGGUCGCGUGGCGACCGGAUCAUCGUGGAGGAGUCGACGACGGGCACCGAGACAACGGACAGUCGCGACGUGGUGGAGGUCAUCGAGGAGGAAUCAUCUGCGGUAUCAACUGUCCCGCCGCGCCGGGGCGGCAGCCAUCGAUCAGGACGGGGCUACCGCACGGUCGAUCCUCGGGAAUAUGGCGGUGGUGGGAGCUCAUAUGGAGGUAGUCAUUACUGA